AUGAUCACAGCUGGUGAAGCUGAUGAUGGCGCAAACGGUGGCACUGGUGGUGAGAUUGAGAUUGUGGCAGGCCUUGGCGCAGGCGCUGGCGGCGCAGUGACGAUCACGACAGGUGUUGGCACCGCAACCGGCAGCGGCGCGAUGAAGCUGUCGACCGCUGCAGGUGGCACAUCUGGCAACAGCGGCGACGUGUCCAUGAAGACCGGCGCUGGCGGCACCACCGGCAACAGCGGCAAAAUGGAGCUCGCCACGGGCGACUCCCAGACCGCUGGUGCGAGCGGCAACAUCUCGAUCAGCACUGGCAGCGCCGUUGGCGGCAACGGUGGCGACAUCACGCUGAAGGUGGGCGAUGGCAACACCGGCCCUGGCGGCGACAUUGGACAAGGUACCACGAAGAGUGGUGCUGUCGUCGUCACUUCAGGAGACGCCAAUGGUCUGACGGGUGAGAUCAUGAUGGUUACUGGGAGCUCAGCAAACAGCAGUGGAACCAUGACAAUCGGGACAGGAACAGCGACAAGCGGUGAAUCCGGA